GUUUGGUACCUGGCACAUUGGUAUCACUACUCAACAAUAUCAUAUCUGAUAUUGGCCUCACCAAAGCUUUACUCUCCUCACUAUAUUAUGACCUUUUUAACACUAUUUGGACUAUUUGGAUUCAAAGGUGUAAUUCGUUUGAAAAAUGGAAAUUAUCUCGUCAUAUUAACAAAGAUUAUAAAUCUGAUCCCCACAUUUGGUUAAUGUUAGUUCUCAUUAGUCAAAUUUUUGGUCAGGAAGUAACCACGCCUCUU